AUGUCUCGUUUGACCUCUGCGCAGGUCAUAGGCUUGGGCGAAUAUCUUGAGCCGGAUUUUGAACCGACAACACUCACCGUAUCCCAACUACUUGGCGUCUUGGGUUAUCAUAACAUUAGAUAUCCUACACCCUACUCAAAGCCGAAGCUAGUACAACUAUUCAAUGAAGAAAUAAAGACACGAGCUAGCAAAUUUAAGAAGGAACGUCUCAAGAAAGAAAAUAGCAUUGCAAGCGACGAUGGCAUAUUGGACGGUGUUACAGGCCAACCUUUAGGUGCCACCAGAAAGACUCUACCCGCCCGGAGAUCCUCGCGAAGGUUUUCCCAAGCACCGGUCGACGCCCCGCAACAACCUCCAGAUCCUCCAAAGCGCCGACCCUCUUCAGCCCAGCCGAUAUUAGGCGGCUCCACUCGCCCACUAGCAGUCACCCAACCACCGCUUUUCGAAGAAAGUGAACCCGAGGACGAAUUACCAGCCAAAAAAGUUGGACGAAGUAAAAAAGCGACUGACUCUGCCGGAACUCAAGCUAGACGCGUCUCUAAUGCGGAUGAUAGUGGGUGGGAAGAUAAUAAUAUAUUUCAAUCUGGGGCGGAGUCUUCAUCUCCUAUUCGACCAUCGCCAGCUCGACCCCGAAAAUCUGCCCUUCCACGGAGAGGACGUAAAUCCAUGUCAGCGCCUCCACAGCUCCUUGAUUCUCCAUCCCCGUCUCGACCCAUUCGUUCACAAGACAACACUCCUAGCUCUCCAUUUUCGCCACCCUUGACGUCCUUCAAGCCCGUUCUGCCUUCCAUCGCAUCACAAGAGCUGGAGGUACCUUCCUUCACCUCUGUCAAUAAGGCUGUCAAGGCGGAAGACCUGGUGGAAGAUAACGGUGAUGAUGUGACUAGUGAGCUACCAACCGAGCAGCAGGAUAAUGGUAUUGAAGCUCUACCGGUUUCAAACGAUCAGUCCGUUGCAGACGAGGUCUUAGCUAUCUCACAACGUAUCGCCGAAGGAGGCGCCUCAAACUCUCCUCAGUUGGCCAAUGGACCAGGCGCACUUCAGAUAUUUUCACGGCUACUCAUUCUUCUCUCGUCACUUGUCAUCAUGUACGCUACACUCGGGUACAAGAUGGAGUCCGCUGAGCUGGGCUAUUGUGACGCAGGAAGCAACACGAACAGUUUCGUUGAAGAGUUGAAAGCUAAUCGUUUAGCUGCCGAACUUUGUAACAGAGAAAACGGGACAUAUCUACAUCCACCAGGCCAUGACGAAAAUGGCGAAGCAACCAGCCUGGUGCCAUGCCCGUUACCUCCUCUUGUCCCGCUUCCCCAUCCUGAAACCUGUACGUCAUGCCCUGAACAUGCUAUCUGUGAUCGACACAGUGUUACCUGCGACAAAGGCCAUUUGUUGCGGGCUCACGCAUUAUUUUUCAAUCUCCCGGCGCCACACCAACCUUCCAACGCGUCAUUUUCAUCGUCCUUGUCGCCUUCGGACGUAAUCUGGAAAGUGAUUUCAUACUCUCUGGACGGACUCCCUGGAUUUGGCAGCGUUGCUUUUCCACCCAAAUGUGUGGAAGACCCUAGAAGAAAACGGCACAUUGGAGCUCUUGGAAAAGCUAUAGAAGUCGUUCUUGGACAGGAGAGGGGGCGACGUGUUUGUUUUGAUGGUAAAACAGCCGUUGACAUCGUGAAGGAGGAAGAUGGAGGCGACGCCAAGAAGUGGGGAAUCGAAAUUGGGGAACUCAAAGAACUGAUAAAGGCCAAGACCAAGCCUCAUCUUUUGCCGACUUUUGCGGAUACUUUUAAUGAGGCCGUUCAGCAACUCAUUCAGUGGGGCGGAGUUGUCAUCGGGGAAGACAAAGACAGUCACAGAUAUCUGGCACACAAGACCCCCGACCUGUCAUGGGUUUGUCUCAUGAAGGUGAGAUCAAGGGAAUUUUGGGAAGUCUGGCGUGCGACUGUUCUCGGUACUUUUAUCAUGAUCCUUAUUCUUAUUGUUGCCCGAGUGCGAAGCGCGCAGAAGGUGGUGGAAAGGAGACGUGUUUCUGACUUGGUGCAGAUCGCACUUGACACACUGCGCAAUCAAGAGCUAGCCCAUCAUACCGAUCCUAUUGUCGCGCCACAGCCGUAUUUGUCUUCAAUACAACUUCGGGAUCUGAUCCUGCAAGAGGAGCACUCGAUUUCCACACGGCGGCGACUGUGGAACGAGGUAGAGCGCGUUGUGGAGGGGAAUGCAAAUGUCAGGGCGAACCUGGAGGAGAUCGAGGGUGGAGAUGAGUUGAGGGUUUGGAGGUGGGUGGGAAGCGCAGGAAGAGGCCCGAGGUCACCAAGGAAGGAAAUGGAAAUAAAGGACGAACGAUAUGUAACCGAUUAA